UGUAGCAUCUAUUGGAGAGGAAGAGAGAGAAGAAGCCAAUUAGAGUGAGAGAAGAACCAAGGCUCUCUUUUCCUUUUGGAAAAGAGGGCUCUCUCCUUUUUCCUUUGUACUCCCAAAGAAUAGAAGAGAGGAAAAAAGAAAAAUUUAUAGCCGGUUUUGUGUCACACUAGUUCUGUAUCAAACCGAAGCAUCUUGGCGUGCGAUAUAUCUUCAAAAUAAAGAUGGGUGAAGAGCAAAAGGAAGAGAAGAAAAUGGAGGAAGAAGAAAAGAAGGAAGAGGGAACCGAAGAGAAGAAAGAGGAGAAGGAAGAAGAGCCACCGGAGAUAGUGCUCAAAGUGGACAUGCACUGUGAGGCCUGUGCAAGAAAAGUUGAACGAUCUCUGAGACGAUUUGAAGGUGUUGAAGAAGUAAAGACAGAUAGCAUGUCCAGGACAGUGGUGGUGAAAGGAAAGGGAGCAGACCCAAUUAAGGUAUGCGAGAGAAUUCAGAAGAAGACUGGAAAGAAGGUUGACCUGAUCUCUCCCCUUCCUAAGCCUCCUGAGGAGGAGAAGAAAGAGGAACCCCCACAAGAAGAAAAGAAGGAAGAGCCAAAGGCAAUCACAGUCAUGUUGAAAGUUCGAAUGCAUUGUGGUAAAUGCGCUCAAGUUUUGCAAAAGCGGAUAAAGAAGAUGGAUGGUGUAGAGUCAGUAGUUACAGACCUACCAAACGAUCAAAUCAUUGUUAAAGGCAUUAUAGACCCAGUAAAAUUGGUGAAGAAUGUGUACAAACGAGCUAGAAGGCAAGCUUCAAUAGUGCAAGAUGAGGAAAAGAAGGAUGAAGAGAAGAAAGAAGGGGAAAAGAAAGAAGAGAAGGAGGAAGAGAAAGGCGGAGGUGAAAAGAAAGAAGAGGAAGAAAAUACCGAAGAUGAUAAGAAGAUUGAUGCUAAGAAAUAUGAAUAUUGGCCUUCUAGAUUCUAUGUUGAGUAUGCGUACCCACCUCAAAUUUUCAGUGAUGAGAAUCCAAAUGCUUGCACUCUUAUGUAACCAAAGAAUAUGACCUUAAAAAUGUGUUGCUUGCUUGUGUAUGUUACACAAUAUGUGUGCUGAUGCAUAUUUUUGUAUUUAGUAGGGAAAGGACUGAUGAGCUAUAUCUCCUAUCUGAGAGUAAUUCACCUUUUUAUCCAAUAAGUAGGUCUCUUUAUGUGCAUGUUUGAUCUUUUUUA